GGCGCUAAAGCAUAAUUAAGCAAGUUCAACUUGGGACAAAUUAUGUGAACACCACUAGGCCUAUGAACCCUUACCCACCCUCUGAUAAAUCAGUGGAGUAGCUUAGGACAAAUAGUUUUUUAGUGCGUGGACCUGCCUCCCCUAAACCUGCCCUCGCUGACUGUGGGAAAGUGUGCGAAUUGAGCCACCCAUAUUAUCAUGUUAAUUGUUAUGGGAGGAGGCAUGAGGGGGAGGUCUAUAGGCUAAAUAAAACGUGGGUAAAUGGGAUAUUUAGCCUACAUUUCGUCGCGUCUGUUUUAUGUUUUACUCACCCUCAAAACAUCCUCAGGUGUCUUUUUGGUCUGGGCAGAGAGGUAGGCCUAAGUCCAGAGCGUUUGGCACAUAAGAAAGCCGAGGAUAUAAUCUUACAAUGACGGCAUCAAACAUGGGAAAUACCCCUGAGAAGAACAACAACAAUAAAGAAGAACGCAAGCUCCGAAAGCCUCUCAUUGAGAAAAAACGCCGGGAGAGAAUAAACUGCAGUCUUGAGCAGCUGAAGGGUAUCAUGGUGGAUGCUUACAACUUGGAUCAAUCAAAACUGGAGAAGGCCGAUGUUCUGGAAAUUACGGUCCAGCAUAUGGAGGGCCUGCAGCGGGGCUAUGGAGCAGGAGGCUCCGGCUCCACCAUGAACUUCGAGUCGCGCCAGCGCUACGGCAGUGGCUACAUCCAGUGCAUGCACGAGGUCCACAACCUGCUCCUCAGCUGCCCUGGCAUGGACAAGACCCUUGGCGCCCGGCUGCUCAACCACCUGCUCAAGUCCCUGCCCCACAUCAGUGGCGAGAGCGCGGCCGCCGCCGCGGGCACGGGCAGCAGUAGCCCAGGCCCCAACAGCAGUCAGCAACACCCUUCUCUUGCCCUGCGCUCCUCCUCGCCCUCCCCUCCUCCCACACCCCAGGGCCCCAGCAGCCCCCAUCCCUCCCCUGGAAUGCCCCGGCUGAAUGAGGGACGACGGACCAGCGGUCCAGUCAGGGAGGGGCCUCCUUCCCCCUUCAGCCCCCCCUCCCCCGGUGCCCAUCCAGGACAAGCUUCCCCUGCCCUGCCCCCAUUCUUCCCAGUGGGGGAUCCUUCAAUGUGGAGGCCAUGGUGAGUGGGCAAGGACCCCUCAACCCUACGCCCUCCACACACACACACACACACACACACACACACACACACACACACGCAGGCGCACACACACACACACACACACACACACACACACCUCAUCAUCAUCAUCAGGCCCCUUCCUCUCUGCAAUUUUUCCAUUGCACCCACUUAUAUCUCCUGGGAGAGUUGAGCACCGGGACUAUUCUCUCUGAAUGGACAAGAAAUAGUAGCUGGGUCAGGUGUCCCAAAAGGGCUUGUAGCUUAAUUUUAACUGCAGUGUAUUCAUUUGCCUUGUUUUUCUCAGACACAAUGAGGGCAGAGUGCUCUCAGUGACAAUGCAGUGUAUGUGGGACGAAUGACACAGCACAAACCUCCAACCUCCUUUUGAAUGGCUGUAGAUUCUGUGUAUUUGGUUAUCUUAUAAAUAAUGUGACUAGUCCAAAAUGCAUUUCAUUCAUUGCAAUGUCAUAUUUUCUAAAACAGCGUAACUUUUUAAAGACCUUCCCUUUCCAAGUUUUUAGUUGUUUUUUUUUGUUUCUCUUCCUUGUGUAUCUGUGUGUUAGAGAAGUGUAUGAAAUUCCUUUUGUGUAUAUAUCCUUUGAGGGAUGACAUUUGUUGUACUUAGGUUGCUGGUUCUUGUUGGACAACAAGGAACAUUAUACAUUUCUGUAGGUCAGGCUGCAGGUUUCUGCAGAUGUUAAGAUAGACACUGAGAACUUUAUCCUUGUACAUUACAAGAAGGAAGAAGUGGAAAUUGU